AUGGGUAAUUGUAUGCGAAGCGUACUACGAAGGUUACAAAAGAAAAAAUGUUCUGAAAAGAUUAUUAUUUUACUUAUUGUGGGCCUUGAUAAUGCGGGAAAGACUUCAGUUUUAAACUGUAUCAGUGGAGAUUCUGAUAAAACCACAUUACCUACAAUGGGAUUUCAUACAAUAUCUUUAAAAUACAAAUCAUACACUAUAAAAAUUUAUGAUGUUGGUGGUAGCUCUCAAAUUAGAUCCUUAUGGCCAAAAUAUUAUAAUGGUAUACAUGGUCUUAUAUAUGUGGUGGAUGCUAGUGAUAUUUCCCGUCUUACAGAAAAUAAAGUUGUAUUUGGUGAAUUAAUUUCACAUGAAUAUAUUUCAGGAAAACCAUUGUUAUUACUUGCAAACAAACAGGAUAUAAAUGGAGCUAUUGAUGAAUUAGAUUUGGUUGAAAAUUUGGAUGUGGAACGUGCAGCUAAUACUAUGAAAUGUCCCACAAGAGUAGAAAUAUGUUCAUGUAGUUGGAAAGGAGAUCAAUCAAAAGAUAAUACUAUAGGUAUUAAAAAUGGAUAUAGAUGGCUGCUAGAUAUAAUAGUGAAGAAUUACACAGCCUUAAACAGUAAGCUCAAAGGUUUCCAAAAUGCUCAAAGUGAGAAAACUGUUGAAGUACAAAGUAUAAUGUUAGAUACACCAUCUAAACUAUCAAUCCAUUCCAAUCCUUUUAAACCAAUCAAAGAAUUAGUUUUAAAAAAGGAAAGUAAUCAAGUGGCAAGUGUUUCACAAAAUGGUAUAAUAACAAAUGGAAAAAGGCUAAAAAAGAUGUUUAUGCAUAGAAAUAAGACUGCACCGCUUACUACUGAAGAAUCUGUCAUUGAAAUUAAUGAUAUAUCAGAAGAUGUUAGGUUUACUUCACAAACAUUAGAAUCCCAAACGAAUUUUCAAACACUUCCACCAAUAUUAAAUCCAGUAGCACUAAAUAUGUAUUCAAAUACAAUUAGAUUAAAAAAAAAUCGUCCAUAUACAGCUCCAGAAUGUUCACAACAUUUUAUAAAUAAGAUAACAGUAAUUAAUAUUCCUGGACACAUAACACAAGAAUGAUAUUUUUAAUUGUAUUUAGA